GCAUUUAUUUAGCAGUGUUGGUGUUGCAGUCUUACGCGAUCCCUGCUCGUCCUGAUUUAAAUGAAUAGGUUCGCAUUGUUUGCAUCAGUUUGAAAAGCCAUUUCAUGGCGGGGCUAAGAGGCUCAAGUAGGCAGUUUAUAAUCUGAACAUUUUAAAUAGGCUAUGUAGGCUAUAUAUUACUGUCCCGCAUGUUCAUUGCAGGCUACAUUGCAGGCUAUGUAGGCAUAUAGGCUACAUCACUGUCCCGCAUGUUCAUUGCGUUGACGUUGGUCUCAGUAGCCUACUUCCUUAAAAAGCGUCGAUACUUUGGGAGCUAUGUUGAGAGGUGAGCACAAGAGUUUGUCCUCCGCACACAGUGGACAAAAGUGAACUGUAGCUGUAUGGAACUCAGUGCAUGCUGUUGUGGCUACUCUCCGCGGUUAAAAGAUUAACAACGUGCUCGACACUCAACCUUAUAUAAAUGUAGAUCGGGUGCUGAAUCCUCGUAUGUAAUCCAAAGAACAAAAUCCUCCUCUCCGCCAUAUACAGGACAGACGCAAAACGGAUUCAAUUUAUCGUCUCCUGUUUAAGAUUAUUUGCUAAACGGAAACCAUCUGUCGGGCUUCAGCAAUAAGCAAUUGGUUGGGUGUUCAGAGGCAUUACUAGAUCCAUUAUCUACCGCACCCUUCUCGUUCGUAAAUCCGACAGACUCAUGUCAGAGUUCGCUCCACGGUGAAGCAAGCAGCACCACAUGCCUUCAAUGCUUUCGGUUUUUGCAACCUUUCAGUGGAGUGAAUGAGAGAUCUCUUACCGAGUCCAGAAGAACGAGCGUCUGACAAUCAGAUAUUUUUUGUAACGGUAUUAAUACGAUAUAUCAAGAUUUGCACCGUCCGAAGAUCCCUUAUUUUUUUCCUCUUUCCUGUGAUUUUUAACCUCCGCUACAGCCAGUCUGCGCUGGGACUUUUCUUUUGUUGUUUAAUAUGCCUCUGGUGAAAGUUAUGAGUUCUCCAACAAAGGGACUGCUCCACGGCUUUUACUGCACUGUACGGUAGAUGAAUGCGGAGUGGAAGCGUUGUAACUCGAGGCGGGGUUAAAGUUCAGCUCUAUGCAGCGGUGAAGCGUUCGUUGCAGUUCGCAGAGUUGGAAAUGUGAAAGCAAGAAGCAGGCUUUAUUUUUCUCUCUCCCUUCUCUCUGUCUCUCCUUUUUUCCCUUUUCACACACACGGACACAGCCACCACGCAUACACGAGCAGACACGGACACACACCCACACACAUAAACACGCAGACCCGUCACAGCAACCAAAACACACACACACACACGGUCGCGCACACACACACACACACACACACACACACACACAUACAUACAUACAUACACUCUCCAAAUCCAAGAUUAGAUACAACAGAUAUGUAUUCUCCACUAUGCCUAACACAGGAUGAAUUCCAUCCUUUCAUCGAAGCUCUGUUGCCCCACGUGCGAGCGUUUGCCUACACAUGGUUCAACUUGCAGGCCCGCAAGAGAAAGUAUUUCAAGAAGCAUGAGAAGCGCAUGUCUAAGGAAGAGGAGCGCGCGGUCAAGGACGAGCUGCUCAGCGAGAAGCCUGAGGUCAAGCAGAAGUGGGCAUCACGCCUCUUGGCCAAGCUCCGCAAGGACAUCCGGCCAGAGUUCCGGGAGGAUUUUGUGCUCACUGUCACCGGGAAGAAGCCCCCGUGCUGCGUGCUGUCCAACCCCGACCAGAAGGGUAAGAUGAGGAGGAUCGACUGCCUGCGUCAGGCAGACAAAGUCUGGAGGUUGGACUUGGUCAUGGUCAUUUUAUUCAAAGGUAUUCCCCUCGAAAGUACUGAUGGGGAAAGGCUGGUGAAGUCCCCACAGUGCUCGAACCCAGGGCUGUGUGUGCAGCCUCAUCACAUUGGAGUUUCUGUGAAGGAGCUCGACCUCUACUUGGCCUACUUUGUUCACGCAGAUGGCCAGUCAGAGAGUCCCAACCAGCAGAGUGAGUCUGAUAUCAAGGAGCAGCCUGAGAACGGACAUCUUGGCUUCCAAGACAGCUUUGUCACAUCAGGUGUCUUCAGUGUGGCCGAGCUCGUGCGAGUCUCACAAACCCCCAUCGCAGCUGGGACGGGUCCUAACUUCUCGCUGGCCGACCUGGACAGCUCCUCCUACUACAGCAUGAGCCCUGGGGCAAUGAGGCGACCCUUACCCAGCACCUCCUCCAGCAGCUCGGCCAAGAGGAUCAAGUGUAUGGAGGACGAGGUGGACAGUCCAGGAGAAGAGUCCUACUACCCAGGCCAAGGGCGCUCCCCGGGCAGCGGCAGCCAGGCCAGCAGCUGGCACGAAGUGGAAACAGCUGGAUAUAAACUGCGUGGCUCGCUAGCUAGUUCGUUCAUCUCAAGACAAGGGAUGCCACCGUCCACCACAUUAAAGAAGUCAGAGAAGUGUGGUUUCAGCAGCCCUGUCGUGCCUUCGCAGACCACUUCCUACUCCCCCCGAACGGCAUUCACACAUCAUCAUCAGCCUGUUAUUCCAGGACCUAGAGCGAGUCCCCACGCCACGCCGUCGAGCCUCCACUUCCCCACAUCGCCCAUCAUCCAGCAGCCCAGCUCCUACUUCUCCCACCCGGCCAUCCGUUACCACCCCCAGGAGAGCCUCAAGGAGUUUGUCCAACUUGUCUGCCCCGACUCUGGCCAGCAAGGAGGACAGGUGGGCUUCCUUAAUCCUAAUGGUAGCAGUCAGGGGAAGGUCCACAACCCAUUCCUGCCCACCCCCAUGCUGCCCCCUCCACCUCCGCCCCCCAUGGCACGCCCUGUGCCCCUGCCUGUGCCAGACUCCAAACCUCCUUCCACCUCCACCGAGGGAGGGGGCAACUCCCCCACCUCGCCAACCUACUCCACACCGAGCACGUCCCCAGCCCAGCGCUUCAUCAGUGUGGGCCCCCGAGACCCCAGCUUUGUAAAUAUCCCUCAGCAGCCCCAGUGGUACCUGGGCUAGGGACUCCAGACCCCCUUGCAGCCCGCUGGACAGAUCGCUGUACAGCCCGCUGGACAGAUCGCUGUACAGCCCACUGGACAGCCCGCUGGACAGAUCGCUGUACAGCCCGCUGGACAGAUCGCUGGACAGCCCACUGGACAGCCCGCUGGACAGAUCGCUGUACAGCCCGCUGUACAGCCCGCUGGACAGAUCGCUGGACAGAUCGCUGGACAGCCCGCUGGACAGAUCGCUGGACAGAUCGCUGGACCCCCUACUUUCUCCCCUGAGUGCGACCUAACCUGAAACCCUGCAAACGUGCUCACCUGUUUGACAGAGAGAAGCCCAACCCCUCAAAUCUGUCACUGCAUGGCUACAACAGACCACCCCGCCCUCUCCCAUCCCCCCAAAACAAGAGCAGAGCUACUGACUGCUUACACACGUACAUACUAUAUAUCUAUACAGCCCAUAUAUACCCUCAUUCAUAUGGUUCAUAUGUCUAUAUUCAUAUUUAGUACCAGUCUCCCCCAGCUGUAUUGGAUGUGCUGGAGCUCCAACAGAGAGCUAGCGUAUGUCUCCUGGUACACCUUGUGUUAGUUUAUUUUUGUAUUUCUUCUCGUCGUCCCCACUUUGCCGCAGAGGGAGGAAUCAUCACCUGACUAAAUAAAAGAGCUUCCCUCAACCUUUCGUUGCCGUAGCCGACCUGUGGAGAAGGUCCGGCGACCGAGGAAGGCACAGAGACCUAAGAGUCCCGUCUACAUGUGUGUAUAAAGCUCUGCUGGCGUCACACGUCCCGAAACGAGAGGAAGAUCAGAGCUCUUGUUUCUUUUGUUCUAUGGUUGUUGCCGGACUCUGUUUUCGGUUCAGUGGCUCACAGAUGUAGAGGUUUUAGCUGGGUCAGAUACCAACCAGUUAAUACCUCUCAGUGGGCAGCCACCCACCCUACCCCAAACCUACCCAGCACCCACCCUGAGGAGGGACACUCCCCCACAGCCAAGAGGCUGAAGGUCUUCACCCCACCACGGGGCUUUUCCAGGGACAUCAGUGCAGCUGAAAGACCAUGCAGAGGAGAACAGCCAGCCACCACACUAUGAACUCACAGGGAACCAGAGAGGGGAUGGGGUAUUCAUGUUUAAUAUCGGUCAAUCAGGUGACGUAUUGAAACUGGUUUUAAAGCCUGCAACAAGAAGAGAAGUAUUUCAACAAGAGGCUUGUGAGAAAAUCUCUGAAUGGGAGGCUUGUUCAUGUUACAUUUUUGUAUAGAGUUAAUUUCAGUUCAAACUAACAGUUUUACAAUGCUAUACAAUGCAAAAGGGUAAAGGUCUAUAAUUCUACAAACUAACUGGAGACAUCUAUGACUAUCGUGAACAGUGGAAUAUUAAAUUGAGGACAGUGCAAUUUCGUUGGAUAGUGGUUGGAUAAUUAAAUAUCUUUGUAGGAUAUGUCGUUAAAAUUGUUGAAAAUCAUAUAUUUUUCUUCCUAGUCCAUUCACACCUCUAAAAUAUCGGGGUACAAAAAAAAGUCAACUAGCACGAUGGUCUGGUGAGAAAAUAAGAGGAGAUGUACUGAGCUUUUGUUGUCUUUUAUUUGUUUGUUUGUUCAUCUUGUAAAUUUGCUAGUAUUGUAGAAUGUAAAAAAUGUCAAUCACUUUUAGAAAUAUUGUAAUUUUAAACAAUCAAUUUUAAAGCAUUUCUUGCAGCUUUGAAUCUAGUCUGCUAUUAAUUUUAAAAAAGCAAAGUGAUGAACUUAUUUUAAGAAAGCACUUGAUUUUAAAAGAAAAAACUAGCGGUUGAAAUUUCUAAUGAGGCAAAAUCAAGAACAUACAAUGCGAGCAAAUAUCGAAAACAUAAAUCUCCACUUUCGCUUGAAAAGAUAAUCUAAUACUAGGCAUCCAAGUUCUGGUUUGCCUGUUUGAUUGGCUAGGCCUUCUCUAAGCCUCGUCCAAUCAGAAGCACUUGUUCCUGCAGUUGGUUUAUGGGCGGGGGGUCUAAUCAGGGGAUUGUAGUUGAGUGAAAAAGAGUGACCAUUUGUGUUGAAAACACGUUGAUAUCUACAUCAAGGCAAGAUUGCAACCAGACGGCGAAGCUUUUCAGUUGCUUCGCAUGCAACUUACCAUUUUAUUGAAGUUUUGUUUUGUUUUUCUUUCAUAUACUAUACAUACUAUAUAUGUGUGUGUAUAUAUAUAUAUAUAUAUAUAUAUAUAUAUAUAUAUAUAUAUAUAUAUAUAUAUAUAUAUAUAUAUAUAUAUAUAUAUAAACACACUGUUAAGACUGACUCAUCCACCGUCGAUCAAAACUGAAUAAAAGUAUUAAAAAUG